AUGUCGUUGCGAUCGGGUGUCGUUGCACCUCGAAUACCUUCCAAUACAACAGCGAAUGGUCAUCAUGCAGCAACAAAAACUCAACCACCAUUUUUCAUUGGAGGAGUUGCUUCUUGUGUCGCCACGCUUGUAUCCCAUCCAUUCGAUCUCACCAAAGUGCGACUACAAACGACAAUUGGAAAACAACAACCACAGCAACAACAAGUAUUCUUUGCUGCUGCUACUAGAAAAGGUCGACGUCCCAUGAUACAUACCAUGUGGUGGAUAUCAAGAACGGAAGGGGUGAAGGCUUUAUACAAUGGACUUUCAGCUAGCUUGCUCCGACAAGGGACUUAUUCAACCAUCCGAUUCGGGUUGUAUGACAAGUUUAAAGGGAUUGUUGCAGGCGAUGACAAACCUACCUUUGGUCAAUUGCUGUUUUGCUCGACAGCUGCCGGUAUCCUUGGUGGUGCGUUUGGCAAUCCAAGCGAUGUGGUCAAUGUACGAAUGCAAAACGAUGGUCAACUACCACCUUCUCAACGUCGCAACUACAAGAAUGCCAUUGAUGGAAUUGUACGCAUAUGCCGUGAAGAAAGUCCUCGUGUAUUGGCACGUGGUAUUGGAUCAAGCACCAAUCGUGCCGUGCUUAUGACUGUGUCUCAGAUGACGAGCUAUGAUAUGUUCAAGGAUUGGGCAAUUGGAUAUCUCCAUGGCAACGAGGGCUUAAUGGCCCAUUUUGCUGCAAGUUUGGGAGCGGCAUUGAUAGCAACCACCGUAUGCUCUCCUUUGGACGUAGUCAAGACGCGAAUCAUGAACACGCAUUUUGAAGACACAAGCGUCAAACGUCCAUGGCGAAUGAUGAUCCACAUGGUUGAAAAGGAAGGCGUAACAUCAUUAUUUAAAGGAUGGAUGCCAGCUUUUGUUCGGCUGGGUCCUCAUACCGUCGUGACUUUUCUCGUGAUAGAACAACUUAAAGAAUGGCUGGCCACAAACAACAUUUAG